AUGAUGGAGGAGAAGAAGACCAAGGUGAAGAUCACAUUCUUCGUCAUCCUGGUGGGCAUCUCCUGCAUGCUGGCUGCCAUGGUGACGGACCACUGGACUGUACUGAGCCCGCCGUUCGACAAGUUCAACGCCACCUGUGAGACGGCCCACUUUGGCCUCUGGAAGCUCUGCAUGAAGACCAUCUUCAUGGUGGAGGAGGACCCUGAGGGCCAGGGCUGUGGCCCCAUCAGUCUGCCCGGAGCCAAGAACUGCUCCUACUUCAAACACUUCACUAAGGAAGAAGAGGCCAAAGGGUUCGAAGCCAAAACUCAGAAAGAGUACAACCUCUCAGCAGCGGCCAUUGCUGUGUUCAGCCUGGCCUUUAUGACCCUGGGGUCGCUGUGUGUCGUGUGCUCCUUCGGGAAGGGGAGGGACUACCUGCUGAGGCCUGCUGGGAUGUUCUUUGCCUUCGCAGGUCUCUGCAUCAUCAUCUCUGUUGAGGUGGUGCGGAACUCCACCAAGCGGAUGAUUGACAGCGAGGAGACCGUCUGGGAACAGUACUACUACUCCUGGUCGUUUGAAUGUGCCUGCACCUCCUUCGUCCUCCUGGUCUUCAGUGGUCUCAGCCUGUUGAUCAUCUCCAUGCCCCAGAUGCCACGCAACCCCUGGGAGACCUGUAUGGACGCAGAGCCAGACUCCAUGGAGCCCUUAGACUAGUAGUAGAUCAGAUUAGACCUGCCCAGAUCAACCCCUGGGAGACCUGUAUGGACGCAGAGCCAGACUCCAUGGAGCCCUUAGACUAGUAGUAGAUCAGAUUAGACCUGCCCAGAUCAACCCCUGGGAGACCUGUAUGGACGCAGAGCCAGACUCCAUGGAGCCCUUAGACUAGUAGUAGAUCAGAUUAGACCUGCCCAGAUCAACCCCUGGGAGACCUGUAUGGACGCAGAGCCAGAGUCCAUGGAGCCCUUAGACUAGUAGUAGACUCCACUAGAACAGACCAGACUAGUCUAGACCAGGGGAAUCUUCAACAAAGGCUGCCAAACCCUACAUGUUUUUAUAGAAUCCAACUGAAGAUAAACUAAAUUGAGGCUGGUGGUGGGGGCAACAGAGUUAAGGAUACAGAUGAAUGAGAGUGGGGCACCCCGCCUAAGUAAUAGUAGAAGGGGAAACACUGCACUACACUGCUUGGUUUUAAGUGUACAGAUAAAGAUGUAAGGCAGGAUCUCUGAGCAGUCCUCGAGGGCCACAGGUUCCUUUCUUUGGUCCUAAACUGAUACAUUUCUGUCAUUGAUUGCAGAGAGUGUCCGCUCUCCUGGUUCAUAUCAUCCGUUACUAAGCAACAGACACUGUGGCACUUGAGGACUGCCCUUAUAUAGGGUGCGUUAGUAAAUUCACCAUGGCAACUUACUUCGAUUUCAGAACACUCUGGUUGGAGGGUGCCAGAGCGCAGAAUAAUUUAUGAAUUUACGAACUGCCUAAACUCGGUUGUUAUGACAGAUUUAAGUAAACAUCGGCUAAAAAACGGAAUUAAAUUGUUGCCAGUAACACAGUUACAGUCACUAACCCUCUUGAUGACAUGAAAACACUCUCGCACUAAUAGCAGCUCUGCAAGGGUGAGUAACAUGUUCAGAGUGAAGUGUUCUCUCAUUUGUGUCUGAAAGUAGCUAGCAAGCAAGCUAAGCAAGUUUAGCCAGUUGGCUUGGGAGCUUGAAGGCCGACGUAAAGUCAGAAUGCUCAGAUUAACCCUACACCUCAGCCAGAGUGUCCAGUGUGCACUCUGAACGCUCAGAGAUCGAAACACUCUGAAUUUACAAACACUCAAAGCACACUCCGAGUGCACUCUGACACUCUAAAGUGAAUUUACGAACGCACCUAUAAUGUACAGUAUUAAAAUGUGGCUUUUGCUAUGAAAUGACCACAGAGACAGAAAGAGCUAAAGAACAUGGCAACAUAGUGAGCUGCUACUACUGUAAUUUAAUAUAGUUUGAGCUGUCUUGUACACUUCUAAUAUACAUUUCCGCUCUAGCAAUCUACAUUUUUGUAAUGAAAUAAGUUAAUGCUUUAAUGAACAUUGCAUUGUAAAUGUUCACCCCUCCAGGCAGCUACAAACAAUGUGUAUUUAUUUAACAUGUAUCAAUGGAUGAAACCAUAUUGAAGCUCCAGUGCAAUGCCUGUACACAGAUCUACUGUAUUAGUUAGGGAGCUACACUGCUGCUUGUUGUUUACAGAGGAAACCUAGAAUGUACAGCCUGUAUACAGUACUUGUAUGUUUUAAACAUGGGCCUAUGAAGAUGAUAGAUAUUAUGUUGUUUUUUGUUCAAUAGAGGCUUCAUCAAACAAUCCAUUGCAAUCUAGCUUGAACACAAAACAUUCAAGCCCACCACAGUGAUUAUUGGACAGAUACAUUGUCUUCACUGAAUGGCAAUGUCUCCCAUUGUGUACCUCUCCUCAUAUUGUAUUGUAUUCUUUCUCUCAAUUCAAUUCAAGGGCUUUAUUGGCAUGGGAAACAUGUGUUAACAUUGCCAAAGCAAGUGAGGUAGACAAAGUGAAUAUAUAAAGUGAAAAACAACAAAAAUUAACAGUAAACAUUACACAUACAGAAGUUUCAAAACAGUAAAGACAUUACAAAUGUCAUAUUAUAUAUAUACAGUGUUUUAACAAUGUACAAAUGGUUAAAGGACACAAGAUAAAAUAAAUAAGCUUAAAUAUGGGUUGUAUUUACAAUGGUGUU